CAGUGCGGACAUCGCUGCGGCAGAGGGAGGUGGAUUGCGCAAGUGCUCUUGAAUUUAUGAGAAAUUUACUGAUUUCGGCCUUGAAAUGGUUCGGAACUACAAAAGAAAGACUGAACGUGGGUCAGCAACACGUACCCCAACUAAUGCAGGAGGCUGCUGAUUUUGUUCGAAAUAAGAAUAAAUCAGUGAGAGAGUCCGCACAACUGCUUGGGUGUCCAAUACUCAACCUUACAACGAUUUAUUCACAAAACCUCUGGCAACACUGCUAAAAACAAUACACAUGUAGGAUAUGCCAAACCAAGACAAGUAAGUAUUUACAUGUGAGCAGGAAGAAGAAUUAGUAUCCUAUCUGAAAACAGCAGCAGCAAUUUAUUUUGGUCUUUCUCCGAGAGAAGUCAAGGAACUAACUGGCUUUCAAAUGCGCCAAUGAAGCAAAGAUAGAAAUGCCUGUUAAUUGGCGCAAUGAUAAAUAUGCUGGAAAAGACUGGUUUUCAGGUUUCAUGAAGCGACAUGGACAAGAACUCUCAAUUAGACAACCUGAAGCGACAAGUUUGUCCAGAGCUACAAGUGGCUUUAAAGUCAGCGGCAUCAGUCCUUUGAAUGCAAAUAUCUUUGAUGACUGGGAGUUUGCUCCCUCUUCAGUAACGGAUCGCCCAGUGAGGCAGCAAUGUGAACAGGAUGCGGCCAAAGCAAUGCAAGAUGUCUCAGAGGUUUCAAAAUCGGUAGAUGAACAUUGGUUUUCUUCCACUUCUGCAUCAAUGGAACCCCAUCCUUCCUCUUCUACAGCCAGUGAACCCCUUCCUUCCACUUCAACUGCAGUAGGACCACAACCAGCAGUAGCUUCUUUCAUUACUGAUCAAGUUGAAACUGCAAAUGUUGGUGAGUCUUCCCUUUGCCCAGAAAAAAUCAUGCCACAUCCAAAAGCAACACCUCGGAAAAAGAAAUGUAAUACAGGCAGAAAAGCACGUAAAAGUGCCAUAUUAACAGACACACCUGAAAGAAAUGCUCUGUUUGCUGAAGCCAUUAAGAAAAAAAACAAAAAGAAUGAUGUCAAAGAAAAGAAAGCCACCAAGAAAAGGAAGCAGGAGUUUUUACACAAAGUUCGAUCCAAAAAACCUGUUGAAAAGUACGACAUAUCCAGCUCAGACGACGAAGACUGGUAUUGUCUGAUUUGUGUAGAACCAUAUUCCAAUAGCAGGCCCCGGGAGAAAUGGAUUCAAUGUAGUACAUGCAGAGGAUGGUCUCAUGAGGAAUGUUUGGGAACAGAUGGAGGUAUAUAUUAUAUUUGUCAUAACUGUGAAUCUGAUGAUGAAUAAAUUUAAGGUUCAUCGGGUCAGUUUAUUGUGGAUUUCUAUUUUCUUAUCAUUUAAAUAAACUCUCAAAAGUUAUAGUUUGUUUA